AUGGAAAGUUGGCAAGAUUUUAUUACACAAGAACUUGCAGACUGUUGGCGUCUGGAGGAAGUAGGGGAUCUGGGGACUCUUGGACUUGGAGACAUUUUGAAAUAUGACUUUGGUUUUGGCCAUGAAGAUUUUGAUACACAUUCCAUGGCUGAAGAAGUCACAGUGGAAUAUAAUGAAGGGUCAGUCACCAUGUUCUACUGCGUCCUGGGCUUGAUGUGUUUCCUGGCCAUUGAUAGCUUCACUGUGGCCUUCCUGGCCAGAAAGUUACCUGACAGUUUCAACGAAGUCAAAUUUAUCACCUUCAGCAUGUCGCCAGGGGACCUCAUCGUCGGUGGAAUCACUUCCCAGCUCUUCUCCUUUUCUGAGGGCGCAGACUUCAACACACACCCCACACCAAAGUAUGAUGUUGAACCUGUUGCAAUGCUGAAAAAAUAUCAACAUGCCCUGUCCUUUGUAUUUGCUGUGAAAGAGAUCAAUGAGAACCACAAGAUCUUACCCAACAUCACCUUGGGGUUCCAUGUUUAUGACAGCCACUUUGAUGCACAGGUAACUUACCAGAACACUUUGAACCUUCUAUUUAAUCAGAAGAGAACCGUUCUCAACUUCAACUGCGACAUGAAGAAGAACCCUGUUGCUGUCAUUGGGGGACUUGAUUCAGAAACAUCCCUCCACAUAGCCACUAUCUUAGGGCUUUACAAGAUACCACAGGUUACCUACUGUAUAUAUACUCCAGUUGUGAAUGAUGUAACCUAUCACUUCUCCUUGUACCGCAUGGUCCCCAAUGAAGAACAUCAGUACAGUGGAAUGGUCAAGCUGCUGCUAUACUUUCAAUGGAAGUGGGUCGGGAUCAUGGCCAUGGGUGAUGACAAAGGAGAAAAGUUUGUGCAGACGAUGAAGCAAAGAUUUUCUCAGAAUGGUAUCUGUACAGGCUUCACCGAGAGAAUGCCAAUCCAGAGCAACAUUUUAGGUGUUAUUAACUUUUAUGACAUUUUUAUGAAUAUGGCAACAUUGCUAAGCAAGACAAGUGUCAAUGUAGCUAUUGUAAGUGCUGACACUCAUAUGAUAUUAGAUCUGCAGGUGGUUCUCAAUCUGGGUAUUACUAAUAUGAUGCCUAUUAACAAGGUGUGGAUAAUGACAGCCCACUGGGAUUUUUCCGUUCAUCCGUUAUUCAAGAAACUGGACAUUCAGAUUUUCCAUGGCGCCUUGUCCUUUGCAGCUCACUCCAAUGAGGUUCAGGGGUUCCAACAUUUCCUUCAGGUCCAUAGUUCCCAAUCUGAUGGAGAUGGCUUUAUCAAAGUCUUCUGGGAGCAAGCGUUCAGCUGCUUAUUUCCAGAUACUGGCAUGGGUGAAGAGAGUAGCGGGAGUUGCAGUGGUAGGGAAAAGUUAGAGAGCCUUCCUGGACCUUUUUUUGAAAUAAGUAUGACCAGCCAAAGCUACAGCAUCUAUAAUACUGUCUAUGCUGUGGCACAUGCAUUGCAUGCCCUGUAUUCAUCCGGAAAGAGACAUGGAGAAAUGGUGGGUGGAAAGCGUCUGAAAACUUCUAAGCUGCAACAUUUUAAGCUUUACCCUUUUCUGAGAAGUAUCUCAUUUAACAACACUGCUGGGGAUAAGGUCUCCUUUGAUGAGAAAGGUGAACUGAUAGCUGGAUUUGAUAUUAUCAAUUGGGUUACUUUCCAAAAUAAAUCCUUCCUAAAAGUGAAAGUAGGGAGGAUGGAUCCUCAGUCACCGCUGGACAGAGAGUUCUCCAUUAAUAAGGCUAUAAUUACAUGGCACAGCGGAUUCCAAAAGGCUGUGCCCAUUGCAUUGUGCAAUGCCCCUUGCCACCCAGGUUCCAGCAGAAAAAAGAAGGAGGGAGAACCAUUUUGUUGCUAUGAUUGUGCUCUAUGUCCAGAAGGGAAGAUUUCGGACAAGAGAGACAUGGAUGAUUGUUUCCACUGUCCAGAAGAUCAAUAUCCUAACAAAGAGAGAAACCAGUGUCUUCCCAAGGACCUAAACUUCCUGUCUUAUGAUGAACCUUUGGGCAUCAGUUUGACUGCAUUGGCUCUGGCUUUUUCUAUAGUCACUGCUUUUGUCCUUGGACUCUUCAUCAAGCACUGGAAGACACCAAUUGUCAAAGCCAACAACCGGAACCUCACCUACACCCUGCUCAUCUCCCUCCUGCUCUGCUUCCUCUGCUCCUUGCUAUUCAUUGGCCAGCCUCAGAUCCCAACCUGCUAUUUACGACAAACUGCUUUUGGUAUCAUCUUCUCAGCGGCUGUUUCUUCUGUCUUGGCAAAAACCCUCACUGUUGUUUUGGCUUUCAUGGCAACUAAACCAGGAUCCAAGAUGAGGAAGUGGUUGGGGAAAAGAUUUUCAACCUCUAUUAUUCUCUGUUGCUCAUUUAUCCAAGCAAGUAUUUGCAUGCUAUGGCUGGGUACUGAGCCUCCAUUCCCAGAUCUUGACAUGCACUCUCUGCCUGAGUAUAUUAUAGUCGAAUGCAAUGAGGGCUCACCCAAUAUGUUCUACUAUGUUCUUGGUUACAUGGGAUUUCUGGCUCUUGUUAGCUUCGUUGUCGCUUUCUUUGCUCGGAAGCUUCCGGACACUUUUAAUGAAGCCAAAUUUAUCACUUUUAGCAUGCUGGUGUUUUGCAGUGUGUGGCUUUCAUUUGUUCCAACUUAUUUAAGCACCAAAGGGAAGUAUAUGGUGGCUGUGGAGAUCUUCUCUAUCUUGGCCUCCAGUGCUGGAAUACUUGGUUGCAUUUUCUCCCCUAAAUGUUACAUAAUUAUUCUGAGGCCAGACCUGAACAGUAAAGAGCAGCUAAAAAAGAGGAAUAAGUAA